CAGCUGGAAGUGAAAAAAAAAUAAAUAAAAAAGUCAGAUUGAGUGAAGAAAAUGAGUUUGAAACUUUAUAAAUUGUGUACGAAAAUAUGUAAAAAGUGUCACAAAGAAGACGAGGAAAGAUAAAAUUUUACAGCUUGCACUUGGUGGAUGGUGAAAAAAAAAAGUUUGAUCAUUAAAUAGUAGUUAAGUAAAAGUGAAGUAAAACGAGAAGAUUGUUUCCAUACCCUAUCAAGACUUGUCAUCAUCGGCAAUGGGUGUAAAAAAUUUGUUAAUAUUUCUCAUAUACAUUGCAAACCCACAGCGCCUUCAAGGCUCAUCACAGUCAUUAUCAGAUAUUAAUCUCUCAGGUGAUCUAGAGCCGGAGUUUGAAGGCACAAUUCAAAAUGUCACUUUUCCAGCGGGACGAGAGGCUGUUCUCACAUGUUCCGUACGGAAUCUUGGUAGAUAUAAGGUUGGAUGGUUACGUGCAAGUGAUCAAACGGUGCUAGCGUUAGAGGAACGUGUCGUAACACACAAUGUUAGAAUUAGUGUCGUUCAUGAGGACAUGCGAACAUGGAGAUUGCGUAUAAAGCAGCUUCGUGAAUCCGAUCGCGGAUGUUAUAUGUGCCAAAUCAAUGCUAGUCCAAUGAAGAAGCAAAUAGGAUGCAUAGAUGUACAAGUUCCACCGGACAUCAUUAAUGAGGACUCAUCAACAGAUAUUGCCGUGCAAGAAGGUGAAGAUGCUACAUUAAUAUGUCGCGCGACAGGACAUCCACAGCCUCGAGUUGUUUGGCGUCGAGAGGAUGGCGAGCAUAUUUUCAUGAGGAAAUCUAGUGGUGGGAAGGAACUUAUGAAACUUGAGUCAUAUAACGGCAGCUCCCUUCGUCUUAUAAAACUGGAUAGAAGACAAAUGGGCCCAUAUUUAUGUAUUGCGAGCAACGAUGUGCCGCCCGCUGUGUCUAAACGUGUGAUGCUAAGUGUUCAUUUUUCGCCCACAGUUAAAGCUCCAUCACAAUUGUUGGGCGCACCAUUAGGAUCGGAUGUAGCACUCGAAUGUCAAGUUGAAGCAUCACCCGCGCCAGUUUCAUAUUGGUUGAAAGGUGGGCGAAUUCCACUUAAUGGUUUUAUCGGCGGUGUCAGUACGGAGUCGGGUCAACCACGACCAGAAAUGCUUCUUGAUGGACCAAAGUAUGGCAUCACCGAGCAUCGUCAUGGCUUUCGUGGAACAAUGAGACUAAUUGUGAGAAACUUUUCACCAUCAGAUGUUGGGACGUAUCAUUGUGUAAGCACAAAUUCUCUCGGGAGAGCCGAAGGCACUCUGCGACUUUACGCUAAAGAGGAUUUUACUUGGAAUAAAAAAACAAAAAUUCAUUCAGCUAAUCUUUGUACUUGUAUGGGUAUAUUUGCUGUAUAA